AUGUCGCAAGACACUCCUCUCGAUCACCCGGAUUUCCAGGACCUCCGUCUCACUCCGGACCAUCAUGCCCAGGACCCAUUCUUAUCCCCAACUCCGACUUUGAAUCGCGUCAAUUCCAUAGAAUUGGGCCUGCAAGACGACCGCAGAGGUCUCGCCCACGACCACAAUGAACGCCCUCAACCUCCCGAAGAAUCCCCCGGUCAACCGCAUCGAGGCCUUCGGGUGCGCUUUCGCUCCUUCAGUCACUCCUCCCGGGAUCGUGUCGUCUCGGAUCGAUCUGAUACUUCCUCUCGUCCGCUGUUACCGACUCACGACCACUCCCGAGAUUUGACCGAGAUUUCUUUCGCGGAGCGACAGAAUGGAGAUGUAGAACAGGGGAGGAAGGGACAACAGGAUCAGCUCUCGCCGUCUAGCGUCAUCUCCAAUCCUUUCGAGUCCAAUGAGGACAUCUCCGCCAGGACCAAUUCAACCAAAGAACGCUUUCGAGCAGCUGGUCAAUUGCUACGACAGAAGACCACCCGCCUCACAGAACGACUUGGACGGCCGGCUGAUGAGGGUGAAGCGCUGGGAGCUUCCCUUUUACCCGACGACCUCGAAGGCGGAUUGACUAUGGAGGAUUUGCCCAAUGAGAAGCGUCCGAUAGAGGAGGAGAAGACGGAUGAUGAGAGUCCGCUGCCCGCCCCCAGUGCGGAAGCCCAUCGUCUGGUGCGCACCAUGACCCAGGCUCAGGCACGACGACGCAAGCCCCGCCCCGCAUACAUCCGUUCGGGUCAGAGUACGCCGGAAGGCUCACAUCGCCCCAGUUCUUGGUACGGUUCGAGCCGUGCUGUGGGUGGUAUCCUGGGUCAAUUGCUUCGUCUGCAAGCCACCCAGACGAACAGCAAUAGUACUAGCAGAGAGAGUCUUGUCACAGAUACAGAGUCCGACAGCGAAUCUGCCAUCUCCUCCGGGGCUGCUACUCCGGGAACCGCGACUCCCGGUGCUGGCGCCGUCACUCCCAGCGCUAUCAUUCCUGGUGCCCCAACCCCCGGCACAGCAACUCCCAAGAAAGAGAAGUUGAAAUGGUACAAGAAGCCGCAACACCAGUCGACAGCCUCCCUGGUCGAGGCAUCCAUGAACCUCAGUAAACCCACUCUUCCAGUGAACGAGGCCUCAUUUGCCCCGAAGCCGAAGAAAGGCAAGAAGCGCAAGACCCGCCUGGAGGACGAAAUUCGUGUUACGGUUCACAUCGCGGAGAUUAUCGCCCGCCAGCGUUAUAUCAUACAGCUCUGCCGUGCCCUGAUGCGGUAUGGCGCUCCUACCCACCGUCUCGAGGAGUACAUGAAGAUGACAGCUCGGGUACUUUCUGUAGAGGGUCAAUUCCUGUAUCUCCCUGGCUGUAUGAUCAUGUCCUUUGACGAUCCCGCCACCCGCACCGCUGAAGUCAAGUUGGUCCGGAUGGUGCAGGGCGUCGAUCUGGGCCGGUUGGCCGACACCCACAACGUUUAUAAGAAUGUCGUCCACGAUCUUAUUGGCGUCGAAGAGGCCACUCAGGAACUGGAUGAGAUUAUGCAGCGCAAACCGCGGUUCAACAAGUGGAUGCUUGUUUUUAUCUAUGGCCUGGCCAGUGCAGCUGUUGGGCCUUUUGCUUUUGGUGCACGGCCGGUGGACAUGCCGAUCUCCUUCUUCCUUGGUUCCCUCGUGGGGUUCAUGCAGCAUGUGUUGUCCCCGAAAUCCGUGCUCUAUUCCAACGUGUUCGAAGUCACCGCUGCCGUUCUGACGUCCUUCCUGGCCCGUGCGUUUGGCAGCAUUCGUGUCAAUGGCGAGCCCCUGUUCUGCUUCUCUGCCCUGGCACAGUCGUCGAUUGCCUUGAUUCUGCCCGGUUUCCUCGUCCUCUGCAGUAGUUUGGAGCUCCAGUCGCACCAGAUCAUUGCAGGUUCUAUUCGGAUGGUGUAUGCCAUUAUCUAUUCGUUGUUCCUCGGUUAUGGUAUCACGGUUGGCAUUACCAUCUAUGGGUUAAUGGAUUCCAGUGCUACGUCACAACAGAAGUGCACCAAUCAGGAUGUGUACGGCAAUGAAUAUCUUCAGCACUUCCCGUUCGUCCCGAUCUUCGCUGCGUUCCUGGCUGUCAUCAACCAGGCGAAGUGGAAACAAAUGCCCGUAAUGAUUUUCAUUGCCCUGUGCGGUUAUAUCACGAACUACUUCAGCACCAAGAAACUCGGGAGUAAUUCUGAGGUCGCCAAUACCGUUGGUGCGUUCACCAUCGGCGUGCUUGGAAACCUCUACAGUCGUGUCUGGCACGGCCACGCCGCGACGGCCAUCUUACCGGGUAUUUUCGUCCUGGUGCCGUCGGGACUGGCAUCCAGUGGCUCCUUGAUCGCGGGCUUGAAGUACGCAGACCAAGUCCGGGACAAUCUUCACACGUCCGGAGACAGCAACAUCUCUUCGACUCAGGACCUCUCGCUGGCGAGUCUGGGUUUCGGAAUGAUUCAGGUCGCUAUUGGAAUUACGGUUGGAUUGUUUAUUGCCGCAUUGAUUGUUUAUCCGUUUGGGAAACGACGGAGUGGAUUGUUCAGUUUCUAA